GAAGCAAUUGUUAGCAACAGAUCGUUCAGGGGCGUUCAGCGAUGUUAAAACCAAUACACAUUUACACACAAUAUUAACUCAGCCUUGUUGUUUGUUUGUUUUUUUCAACAUGACAGAAAUCUUCUCCUCGCUGUAUGGUCAGCCUGAUUCGCAGGGUCCAGCGGGACCGUCUGCGCUGGGCUUUGGGUCCGGGAAACCACAGAUCCCCCAAAACAUGGGCCCGAUGUCUUUCCCGCAUCAGAUGAUGGAUGAAGGAGCUCCUCUCAGAAAACCCGCCGCGAUGAACGAGCCCUUCUACCUGCUGCGAGAAUUGCCCAUGGAGAAUGAGCUGACUGGACACACUAAUCUCAUCACACACUACAACCUGGAACAUGCUUAUAACAAAUUCUGUGGAAAGAAGGUCAAGGAGAAACUCAGCAACUUCCUUCCGGAGCUUCCUGGUAUGAUAGACAGCCCGGGUAUCCAGGACAGCAGCUCUCUACGCUCCCUCAUCGAGAAGCCGCCAGUGUGCAACAACUCUUUCAGUCCUCUCACUGGAGCAAUGCUCACCGGGUUCAGACUACACACUGGCCCUUUGCCAGAGCAAUACAGACUGAUGCACAUUCAACCACCGAAGAAGAAGAAUAAACACAAACAUAAACACCAUCGGCCACAGGAUCCCUUACCACCAGAAACACCAUCAGAUUCAGACCAUAAGAAGAAGAAGAAAAAGAAGGAUGAUGACCCGGACAGAAAGAAAAAGAAGAAAGAUAAGAAGAAGAAGAAGAAUCGCCAUAGUCCUGAUCACCCCGGCAUGACUGGGGCUCAGCCAAGCAGCAGCAGUUUGAGAUAAGAACUCACUGAAUGAUUCAAAAAGAGGAAGAAGACUGAGUUAAAGUGAAGCACAAGCUGUAAAAUUGGGCCUUGAGAUAUUACAUUUGUUUUAGUUACAAUGAGAGUCAGAUGCAGAUGUA